UAUCUAAUGGAAGUCGAAUCAAUUUUAGAAGGAACAACAGGGAAUGAACGUGGAGGGUUGUUAAUUCGUAAAAAAGAAAAUAAAGAGGAAGAUGACAAGAAUUUCAAAAAGCCUUCAAUUCUUGGAUUGGAUAAAUUGGCAAAAUCAAAACGAGAAUUAACUACAAAUUUACGUAAAAGACAAGUUAUUGAUGAAGAGAAAGGGAAUGAGACACCUGGAUUGUCUGAAAGUGUUCGAGAAGAAAUUAAAAGAUAUGUCAAAGAAAAAUAUAAAGGAAUUGACCAUAGAGGUAUAGAAGCUGAUACAAAAAAUAAAAGAGAGGAAAGAAGAUCUGGAAAGGAUUAUUAUGACAAACGUUAUAAAAGGGAAAGAAGAGAAGAAAAACAAAAAUAUUCUUUUAGAGAUGUUGAAACUCCUAAAUUUAAGCUUCCAAAUACCCCUUCCUGUUCAACUUGGGAAGAAGACGAUCUUUCAAUAAAUAAAUCUGCAAAAAGAAGCGGUUGGGAUUUUGAAACGCCUAAAGAAUUGAAGGAAAGAAAAUAUGGAGAUUCUGAAAGAAAUAUUGAAAGUAUAUUAAAAUCACAAAGAGAAAGACAGAAAGAGGAUUAUAAAAAGAGACAUCACCGUUAUCGUUAUGGGGACACGAAGCCAAAGUAUGACGAAUUACCUCAUUUCCAAAACGAAAGUGAACGCAAACAAUGGGAAAAUGAGCAAUAUAUGUUGGAUAGAGAAUGGUAUGAAAGUGAUCAAGGCUUUAACGAUGAAUUUAAUCCUUUUGCACACAUUUCACAAGAAUAUGUUGAUAAAAGAGAAAAACAAAUGGAACAAACUAGACAAAAACCUAGAUUAACACUAAAACAGCAACAAAUAAAAAAAGAAAAUGAAAUGUGGGAAAAUAAUAGAUUGGCACGUUCAGGUGUUGUAAUAAAUUCUGAAGAAUACGACACUGUUUUCGACAACGAAACAGAUGAAAAUCGUGUUUCUCUUCUUGUACAUAAUAUUAUACCUCCAUUUUUGGAUGGUAGAAUAGCUUAUACUUGUCAAACAAUGCCUGUUAUUCCUGUAAAAGAUGUUACUUCAGAUUUGGCAAUAACAGCGAGUAAAGGAAGCAAACAAGUAAAAUAUUUUAGAGAACAACAAGAAAAGUUAAAAGCACAAGAAAAACAUUGGGAAUUGGCAGGAACUCGUAUUGGUGAAAUUAUGGGAGUUAAAGCUAAAGAAGAACAAGAACCAACAGAAUCUACUAAUUAUAAAGAAUCCCAACAAUUCGCUUCUCAUUUAAAAGAAUCAGAAGCUGUGUCGAUUUUUGCAAUGGAAAAAUCGGUAAAAGAGCAAAGAGAAUAUUUACCAGUAUUUGCUGUUCGUCAAAAACUUUUACAAGUAAUUAGAGAAAAUUCUGUUGUAAUUGUUGUUGGUGAAACUGGAAGUGGAAAAACAACACAAUUAACACAAUAUUUAGUGGAAGAUGGUUAUGGAAAGAUUGGAGGAGGAAUUAUUGGAUGUACUCAACCUAGAAGAGUUGCUGCAAUGUCUGUUGCUAAAAGAGUUGCUGAAGAAAUGGGUGUUGAACUUGGACAGGAAUGUGGAUAUGCAAUUCGAUUUGAAGAUUGUACUUCUGACAAAACCAUUAUAAAGUACAUGACAGACGGUAUUUUGCUAAGAGAAUGUCUUGGAGAUCCCGAUUUGGACUCAUAUUCUGCUAUAAUUAUGGAUGAGGCACACGAACGGUCAUUAAAUACAGAUGUUCUUUUUGGACUGCUCAGGGAUGUUGUCGCUAGAAGAUCCGAUAUAAAAUUAAUUGUAACUUCGGCAACUAUGGAUGCCGAAAAAUUUUCACAUUUCUUUGGUGGCCAUACACCAAUUUUUCAAAUUCCUGGAAGAACAUUUCCUGUAGAAAUAUAUCAUGCAAGAAUACCAGCAGAAGAUCAUGUUGAUGCAGCAGUUAAACAAACAAUACAAAUACAUUUGGGUGGACAGGAAGGGGAUAUUUUAAUUUUUAUGCCUGGACAGGAAGAUAUUGAGGUAACCUGCUCACUUAUAAAAGAAAAACUUGGCCAAUUAGAUGAAGCACCUCCUCUUGCUGUAUUACCAAUAUAUUCACAACUUCCUUCUGACCUUCAAGCAAAAAUAUUUCAACGUGCUCCGGGUGGAAUGCGUAAAUGUAUUGUUGCUACAAAUAUUGCGGAAACUUCUUUAACUGUUGAUGGAAUUUUCUUUGUUGUUGAUCCUGGUUAUUGUAAAUUGAAGGUUUACAAUCCAAAAAUGGGAAUGGAUACUUUACAGGUUUUCCCUAUUUCCCAAGCAUCUGCUAAUCAACGUUCUGGUAGAGCAGGCAGAACAGGCCCUGGCCAAUGUUAUCGACUAUAUACUCAAAGACAAUUUAAAGAUGAAAUGUUGGCUACUACUGUGCCGGAAAUACAAAGAACAAAUUUGUCAAAUGUUGUUCUUUUAUUAAAAUCAUUAAACGUCGAAGAUUUACUACAUUUUCAUUUUAUGGAUUCCCCACCAAUGGAAAAUAUGUUAAAUUCAAUGUAUCAACUUUGGAUUUUAGGAGCACUUGACAAUACUGGACAAUUAACAAAUAUGGGACGUAAAAUGGUUGAAUUCCCAUUGGAUCCAACCUUGUCUAAAAUGUUAAUUCAAUCUGUUGUUAUGGGUUGUAGUAGUGAAAUUUUAACAAUAGUUUCAAUGCUCUCUGUUCCUUCAAUAUUUUUUCGUCCUAAAAUGAGAGAAGAUGAAGCUGAUGCUAGAAGAGAAAAGUUUCAGGUUCCAGAAAGUGACCAUUUAACAUUUUUAAAUACUUAUAUUCAAUGGCAAAAACAUAAAUACAGUUCUAAAUGGUGUACAGACAAUUUUAUUCAUGCAAAAGCAAUGAGAAAAGUUCGAGAAGUUAGAGAACAAUUACUUGAAAUUAUGGAAAGUUUAAAAAUCGAAACAAAUUCGUCUGGAACUGAUUGGGAUGUUGUUAGAAAAUGUAUUUGUUCUGCUUAUUUUUAUAACGCUGCGAGACUAAAAGGUAUUGGUGAAUAUGCAAAUGUUAGAACUGGAAUGCCUUGUUUCCUUCACCCAACAUCCUCACUUUUUGGAAUGGGAUAUACACCUGAUUAUGUUGUCUAUCACGAACUUAUAAUGACGGCAAAAGAAUAUAUGCAAUGUGUUACUGCUGUAGAAGCUCAAUGGCUAGCAGAACUUGGCCCAAUGUUUUAUUCUGUUAAGGAAGCUUCGAAAACUAGAUCAGAAAAAAUUCGAGAUACUCAACGAACAACAGCAGCAAUGGAAAUUGAAAUGGAAGAAGCACAACGGUUAAUUUCUGAAAGAAAAAUGUUGCAAAGUGAAAGGGCCUCGUCAAAAAGUGGAGAAAAACAAAUUGCUGAAGCUGGAAGAUCUGUUAGAUCGUUUAAAAGAAGUUUUGGGUUUUGA